AUGUCCCAGCGCGGUGAACCGUCAUCGGUACUGAUAGAGAUCCUGCUUCCUGAGAAGAACUUUACAGCCUAUUUGCUGGAUCCUUUCGUACCUCUGCUACGCGGUUUUGAUCAGAGUACUCGAGUCACUGUUUCGCGCCCCCCUUCGGAACCUCACAUCUGCACUCCGACCAGUUUUAAAGCCCCCUGCAGUACACCUAAACAUAGUGGAAAUAUCCGACCUGGCAAAAGGCAGCGGCGCAACAUUGAACCCUCACCAGCAUUGGAGCCUUUAUGCCAACCUUCGUCCGGUGAGACAAGUCAAAGUCACCCACUGAACGGCUUUCAGCUCGAAGCUGCUCACCAUGCGAAUAUCAAGGGAGACAUCCAACACGCUGUUGAUGCUAUUAGAGAGCGAUGGAUCAAUGAAUGUAACCAGAAUGGCCAUUCUGAAUGGUGGUCAGAUCCACAUCCCUUGCGUCACCCAGCUAUCGCUCGGCUCGAAUGGCAAUCAUCCUCGGACUUCAAGUGUUCAGAUUUCUGGUCAGACUUGACUCGCGACUCAUUCCAAGUUCGCAACACUCAGUUUGACUCAGACCAAUUGUCAAUACGCGUCUCUGAUUAUGGAAUUACAUGUACAAACCCAUCCACCACUGCGAUUGGACAAGCAUUCCUGCCAGACAAGAAAUGCUCGAUUACCCUUCCGAAGAGGUCAGGUUUUAGCUUAGCGACGAUGGAGAACUUCAAAAGCGAAGUGCUUGGAUUAAACCAUUCUUCAGGUUGGGAUGCGGUGGUGAUUGAUCCACCCUGGCAAAAUAAAUCGGCCACUCGUGGCGGAAAGUAUAGAACCGUAGAGCUUUACGAUCUUUUCAAGAUGGAUCUUCCAGGAAUCCUAGGUGAUAAUGGGGGUAAAAGAGCAUUGAUUGCUGUCUGGGUGACCAAUCGGCCUAAGUAUCGACGCUUUUUAAAGAGUAAAUUCCUGCCGGAUUGUCAUGUUCAGGGGCCAUAUUCUGAAUGGUAUUGGAUCAAGAUCACAGCAUCACCGACCAGCGAUGACAAGCCAAUUUUACACCAAGGUGGAAAGCCUUUAUUUGACUUGGCAAGUAACUCCCCUCGCAGGUGUUACGAAGGCUUAGUUCUUGGCUGGUACCUUCCCCCGUCGCUUAGGUCUGAACCAAGGUCGACUGAAUUGCCUUCCAAGAUAUUCCUUUCGGUCCCAUUGGGUCAUUCACGGAAACCUAACAUUAUCGAUUUACUCGCGCCACAUUUACCCUCGGACCCCAGCGUACUUGAACUUUUUUCACGCUCUGUCAGCGGAUUGGCAAGUUUUGGCAACCAACUGGAAACCGAUUCUGUCCGUCCCAUGAAAGGUAUAUGGCAUAGCGUUGGAGAUGAAUCUCCGAGAUUUAUGGCAACCCCUUGGGUAGACUCAUAUAAAAAGAAUCAAAGUCCUUCGGAUCCUUAA